CAUUUCAAGAUUUCAAAGUUUGUUUUUUUUUUCACUUUCUUGAAAGUUUAGUCCAUUUGGUGUUGUGGGGUUCUAGUGAAAUCAAAUUUUAAGUAUAUUUCAAGAUUGCAUUUUUUGAACAAUGACAUAAAUAUUGAGUCUUUUUUAGCUCCUCAUUUCAAGAAAUGAAAACCAUUAUGGAUUUUGCAAUACUUCAUUUGUUUGUUUUGGUAUUGUCUGUGUUGUGUUUGAUGAUAUGUGCCUUAGAGUUUGAUCCUGUUGAUAACUAUCUCAUAAACUGUGGUUCAUUUAAAAAUACUACUAUAGGUGAUAGAGUUUUCUUAGCUGAUAACUUGAAUUCCCCUCAAAGGGUAUUUGUUAAUACAACUCUAGAGUCUAUUCCAUCUAGUUAUAGUUCAAAUCUUUAUCAAACUGCUAGAAUUCUUAAUGAGACCUCAAAAUUCACAUUUUCAAUCAAGAAACAAGGGCGCCAUUGGAUUCGCCUGUAUUUCUAUCCGUUUUCGUAUGGAAAUUUCAAUCUUAGUUCUGCUAAGUUCUCUGUUUCUAUUCAGAACUUCACUUUGAUCAAGAGCUUUCAAUCAUUGAGUGGUCCUUUGGUAAAAGAGUACACUUUGAACAUUACUAGUACUAGUCUUGUUCUUACGUUUACGCCUUUUUCUAGCUCGUUUGCGUUUGUAAAUGCGUUGGAAAUCAUUUCACUUCCUGAUGAGCUCAUUCCUGUUGGUAUUGGAACUCAUAGUUUGAGGGAACAAGCUUUAGAAACAGUUGUGAGGGUGAAUAUGGGGAAUGUUUCAGUGUUGCCUCAAAAUGAUACCUCGUGGCGAUCUUGGGAAUCUGAUGAAAGAUACUUAACAAGCAGGAAUGUUUUUCAGUUUGAAUCGAGGAUACAAGCUGUGAAUUACACACGAGGAGGGACUUCUAGGAAUAUUGCCCCUCCAUCGGUGUAUGGGACUGCUACGAGGCUGCAAGUGGAUGAUCCCACUGUUUCUGUAAACAUCACGUGGUUGUUUGAUGUUGAUCCUGGCUUCGACUAUUUCAUCAGGUUCCACUUUUGUGACAUAGUAACUGGCCACAAUGAUCCAAAAAAAGGAGGUGGUGACCAUGAACUAUUAUUCAAUGUUUACAUCAAUUCCCAAUUUGCUUCGAGGGACCUUGAUCUUAAAAACAAGACAUCAAAUGUCCUUGGUUCUCCGUAUUACAUGGAUGUUUUUACAAGGUUAGAGAACAUUCACAGCAUUGGCAUUAGCAUUGGUCCAGCAGGUAUACGUAAUGCAUAUCCGGAUGGCCUCCUGAAUGGUCUCGAGAUCAUGAAAAUAAGCAAUGUCAAGGGAAGUCUUGAUGCCUCAGAUGCUGAGAUUCAGUCCUCGGUGCCUACUUCAAAGAAGACUAAAACAUGGUUGAUCAUUGGAUCAACUAUUGGAGGAUCGAUCAUUUGCAUCGUUUUGGUUGUGGUGUCUAUUCUCUUUUGCAGAAGUAGAAUACGGACAACUGUUGAUGAUUCAACAGAGGAAAAUCAUACAGCAGUUGGAGCUAAAGAAGCAUCUCUCAUUUGCAAGUCUAAUAUGGGGUACCUGUUCCCUCUUGUAGCAGUUCAGGAAGCAACCGAUCACUUCAGUGAAAGCAUGAUCAUAGGCUUUGGUGGUUUUGGAAAAGUUUACAAGGGAAUUUUGAAGGAUAACACAAAGGUGGCAGUGAAGAGAGGAUUUCAUCAAUCACAACAAGGUCUUGCCGAGUUCAUGACUGAAGUCGAAAUGCUGUCUCAGUUUAGACAUCGCCAUUUGGUCUCACUGAUCGGUUACUGUAAUGAAAAGAAUGAGAUGAUAAUCAUUUACGAGUACAUGGAGAAUGGAACUCUUAAGGAUCAUCUGUAUGGUUCGGACCUUCCGAAUUUGAAUUGGACACAAAGGCUUGAAAUUUGCAUAGGAUCAGCAAAAGGACUUCACUAUCUUCAUACUGGUUCUCAUAAGGCAAUCAUACACCGAGAUGUCAAGUCCUCGAAUAUACUUCUAGAUGAAAAUCUCCAGGCUAAAGUUUCUGAUUUUGGACUAUCGAAAAUUGGUCCAGAAAUUGAUCAAACACAUGUUAGUACUGCAGUGAAAGGAAGUUUUGGAUAUCUUGAUCCAGAGUAUUUGACAAGGCAACAACUAACCGAUAAAUCUGAUGUCUAUUCCUUUGGUGUUGUUAUGUUUGAAGUCCUCUGUGGAAGGCCCGUUAUCGAUCCCUCUCUUCCCAAAGAAUCGGUAAACUUGGUUGAAUAUGUGAUGAAAUGUUUAAUGACAGGAGAAUCGGAGGCAAUCGUUGAUCCUAGGAUUGCACAUGAGAUUACACCAGAAUCUCUGAUGAAGUUUGUAGAGACUGCUGAGAAAUGCUUGGCUGAAUAUGGUGCAGACAGGCCGACUAUGGGAGAAGUUUUGUGGAACUUGGAAUAUGCAUUGAAACUUCAAGGGAAAGAUGAAAAAACAACACAAGAGAACAAGAUAUCGGAUAAUCAGUUGGAUAAUAGUGUCUUAAGUACUGAAUACAGCAUGGGGAGUAUGACUGAUCUUGCUGGUGUUUCAAUGAGCAAAGUUUUUUGCCAAAUGGUAAAAUCUGAAAACAAAGACUCAUGUGAUGUAUGUUAGGAUAAAAUGCAGGUCUCUGCCUUUGGAUUGUAUAUUUGUAUUCUCCUUUCUUUAGAUUUCUAUGUUAUAACAGAUACUUGUGUUGCUUCAAUUGAUUUGAAGCCGCGGUUAUACUAUACAUACAUAAGUUUUCAUUA